AUGUAUGAUCAAAUAAACUACAUGGGAAAUGGGUAUUUCUUUAGGAGGGGAGAGUAUGCUGAUUAUAUGUUCAUGUUUGGAAUGAACCAUUGGAUCAGGUCUUGCCGUAUGAUCCCCUUGCACAGGGGAUCCUACAGUAUGAGGAUCUACGAGAGGGACAACUUUAUGGCUCAGAUGUACGAGAUGAUGAAUGACUGUAACAGCAUCAUGGACCGUUACCGCAUGUCUCACUGCCAGUCCUGCCAUGUGAUGGACGGCCACUGGCUCAUGUAUGAGCACGCCAACUACAGGGGCAGGAUGUGGCACUUCGGGCCUGGACAGUACAGAAACUUCAUCAGUUAUGGUGGCAUGAGAUUCAUAAGCAUGAGGCGUUUCAUAGACUCCUGGUAUUAA